AUUGACAUUCAGAUUAAAGAUGCCAUUGGCCGCUACCACCAGUGUGCUACAAUCCAGCUCGACUUCCAGCUGCCAGUCAGAUUUAACCUCACCUUUGUCAGCCAUGAUGGUAAUGACAAGACAAGACCAGUUAUCAUUCACCGGGCUAUCUUGGGAUCUGUGGAGAGAAUGAUCGCCAUUCUAACUGAAAACUACGGAGGCAAAUGGCCGCUCUGGCUGUCUCCACAGCAGGUAAUGGUGGUACCAGUGGGACCAAUGUGUGAUGAGUAUGCUCAAAAGGUCAGGCAGCACUUCCACGAUGCUGGAUUAAUGGCAGAUGUUGAUGUAGAUCCUGGAUGCACGCUGAACAAGAAGAUCAGAAAUGCCCAGCUUGCACAGUAUAACUUUAUUCUGGUUGUUGGUGAAAAGGAGAAGGCAAGUGGAACAGUUAACAUCCGCACCCGAGAUAACAAGGUGCACGGUGAGCGUACAAUUGCAGACACUGUGGAGAGACUGCUGGAACUGAAACGCUCUCGCUCCAGACAAGCUGAAGAGGAAUUUUAAUGACAUCUGCUCUACCUGGCAUAAAAAAACAUUCUAGUCUUCCUAAAUUCAGUUAACCACAGAGUUUUUGU